GCGUGGUGUCCUGCUUUUGUGCACUGGCAGCUGGUCCCCAGGGCCACCCCUCUCUCUCUCUCUGCACAGGCUGCUCCUCCCACCCAGGUUUUCUUCUUCUUCUUGGGUGUCCCCGAAAUCUGGACCAUUUUCCCUCUCCCUUUUCCCUUUGCAGCUCCAGCAUGCAGAAAAAAGACGCUUCCCUGCACGGUUUCCAGCCCAGAUUCCAACAUUUCGCCACACAGGCCAUCCACGUGGGCCAGGAACCCGAGCAAUGGAACUCCCAAGCUGUCGUGCCCCCCAUCUCACUGUCCACCACCUUCAAGCAAGGGGCUCCAGGAAAGCACUCGGGUUUUGAAUAUAGCCGUUCUGGAAACCCCACCAGGAACUGCUUGGAAAAAGCGGUGGCAGCUCUCGAUGGAGCCAAGCACUGUUUGGCCUUCGCUUCGGGUUUAGCAGCCACUAUGACUAUUACUCAUCUCUUAAAAGCUGGGGACCAAAUUCUUUGCAUGGAUGAUGUAUAUGGAGGUACAAACAGGUACUUCAGGAGAGUGGCAACUGAAUUUGGAUUAAAAGUUUCUUUCGUUGAUUGUUCCAAAAUCAAAUUGCUAGAGGCAGCUAUUACUCCAGCAACCAAGCUUGUCUGGAUUGAAACCCCCACCAACCCCAGCUUGAAGAUAAUCGACAUUGAAGCCUGCGCACAGACCAUCCACAAACAUGGAGACAUUAUCAUGGUCGUGGAUAAUACUUUCAUGUCGGCCUAUUUUCAGCGACCUUUGGCUCUGGGAGCUGAUAUUUGUAUGUAUUCGGCAACAAAAUAUAUGAAUGGCCACAGUGAUGUUGUAAUGGGCUUAGUGUCUCUUAAUUCUGAUACCCUGCAUGAAAAGCUUCGUUUUCUGCAAAAUUCCAUCGGGGCCGUCCCAUCUCCCAUGGACUGUUACUUAUGCAAUAGGGGGCUGAAGACCCUCCAGAUUCGCAUGGAGAAGCAUUUUGAAAACGGAAUGGCUGUGGCCCAGUUUCUGGAGUCACAUCCUCUGGUAGAGAAGGUCAUUUAUCCUGGGCUGCCCUCUCAUCCACAGCAUGAACUGGCCAGGCGCCAGUGCACGGGGUGCCCAGGAAUGAUCACCUUCUACAUUAAGGGGAACCUGCAACACGCCGAGGCGUUCCUCAAGAACCUAAAGUUGUUUACACUGGCUGAGAGCUUGGGAGGAUACGAAAGUCUUGCUGAGCUUCCUGCCAUCAUGACCCACGCCUCAGUCCCUAAGAGUGACAGAGAUGUUCUGGGCAUUAGUGACACGCUGAUUCGACUCUCCGUGGGCUUAGAGGAUCAAGUCGACCUAUUGGAAGAUCUAGAUCAAGCUUUGAAGAAAGCACACUCUUCAAAUUUGAUUCGGAACUAGAUUCCAGAACUGGAUUAGAAGCUGAUUCCUGAAAUGGUCGCAUCUUCUGGAUAACUGAGCCAUAAAUGAGCCCUUGAAGAAUUUUCAAGAGAAAAUUUUAAGGCACCACAUUACCUUUCACAACUGUCAUCUUCUAGAGAUCAUUUCUUGUUUAAAACAAUUUUUUUUCUGUCCCUUGAUUGUGAUUGAUAGGUCAAUUUUAGUCCUAUUUUUUCAAUAUUCUUGCAGUCUGUUUCGUUCUCAAGAAGUGAGAUUUGCACUGCUCUGAGUGGGAGAGCUUUUUUAUUUUUCAUUGCUAAAGAUUUGUAAUGAGUUGUGGCUAAUGUAAUGACAAUUCAUUUUAAAAAAUGUAAUUCCUGCAAUGACUGUUUUGAAAUCAGGACUGUUUUAAAGUUUUUUUUAAAACAGUUCUUAAAACAAUGGUUUACACUUACAAACCAAAAAUCAAAGACUUGAAAAAAUUAGAUACUGUGAAUUUGUACUGAUUUAAAUUUAAAAGAAAAAUAAAUGUAAUUUUCACACA